UAAUAUGCCAUUUCAUCUCAGUCGAAAUCGACUCUCUCGUUUACUUCCUCUGCUCCAACUCAACCUUCACCUCGCUUCGACCUAAGCAAGUUUUCGCAAUGUCUGACAAAGGAGGAAAGGCUGGUUCUCUCUUAAGCAAAGGAUCCCUAAAGGGGAAAGACGAUAGUGCAACAAAAUCAGCAAAGGCAAGGAAGGUUCAGUUUGCCAAAGAAGGUCCAUUUGAAUCUGUACUAAACGGUCAAAAAUCUGGUGGAAAAGCUGAUUUUGGUAGAGGAAAAGGAGAUAAGUUUGCAAAUGGUGGAAAGAGUUCUGCAGCAAAAGACCCACAUCAAUUUGAACAUAGAGUUGAUCAAGAACUUCCUGACAAUAUCAAAUGCCUGAUGGACUGCGAGGCUGCAGUUUUGUUACAAGGAAUUCAAGAUCGUAUGGUUUCGUUAUCUAGAGAUCCAGCUAUGAAAAUGCCUGCAUCAUUUGACAAGGGACUACACUAUGCCAAAAGCAGCAACAAGCAUUCAAAUCCUGAGUUUGCUAGACUCACUCUUGAGCCUCUACUGAAUCAUGGUCUCACUGAGAGCGAGAUAUGUGUGAUUUCUAAUGCAUACCCAGAAACUGCUGAUGAAGUUUUUGCUCUCCUCCCAUCACUUAAGGGUAAGAGAGGCAUUAACAGCCUACCUAUCGAAGAAUCGUUGAGUGAGCUUGCUAAGUUUAAACAGACUAUGUAACUAAAACCUCAUAAUGAAAAGGUUCACUGUUUUACUGUCUGGUAGAGCUAGAAGUAACUGCUCUGGCAAAUGUAGCUCAUUCAGAACACUUAAUUGAGACAAUAUAAUGCAUUAGCGUUUUUAGUCUCGUGCUAUUAGGAUGUACAUUGGUUUAAUGGAUCUUAUAUCGCAACAGAGGAGAAACUUGGUGACUUUAGGGAAUGAUAUAUCUUCCACUUUGCUGUUGAAUACUGUCUCAUGAUCAUCACUUAAAAUUUCUCAAGAGUUUUUUUAAUGGGACAUCAAGGCUAAAAAUAGAGUUUUACAUAGCAAUCAUUUUGAUUUUUGAAUGUGUGAGAUGCUGUCAUUACAGUCCUUGAAUGUGUUAAAAUUGCAAAAUGUCACCAGGUAUCUUUUUAGUUAUUCAUUUAGGUCAAAAUAACUAUUUACUCUUUAAAAAAUGGAUGUUUUUUUUCCAUGUGCCAUUUCUAUAACAUGUGAAGGACUGGAGGCAUAAUCAUAAAUAAAAAGAGCAUAAAUAUGUGGGGUCUUAUUAAAGCAAAAUUUGUGAGACCAACCUUUGUGCCUUUGCUUUUGCAUGAGUGGAUCUUUAUUCUUUAAUGUUAUUUUUUUGUUUUGUUUUGGAAUAUAUGAUUUAGU